AUGAACGGCGACGGUUAUGGCGCUGGAGAACAUGUCGCUGCGGAGAGCGGCGUGUCGGCGGCGGCAGAGAAGGUGAUGCAGAGCGUGAAGGAGAUCGUGGACUGUCCGGACCAUGAGAUCUACGCUGUGCUCGAGGAAUGUGAUAUGGACGUUAACCGCGCCGUUGAGAAGCUUCUCUCUCAAGGUUUUGCUCUUUUGAUACUGUGUGCUUCUGCGCUUGCGUUCGUUGUUGCAGUGGAACAUCACACAUUUCAUGAAGUGAAAAGUAAACGUGAAAGGAAAAAAGAGGGGGCAUUCAAUUCAAAGACUAGGGGUAAGAAUGUAGGCUUGAGUCGCAGAGGCAAAACUGGCAGUGGCAGUGAUUGCAGUGUUGUCCAAAGUGGAUUAACACAUGUGACUUAUAACGAGGAGAAAACAAUGGCAGAUGCAAAGUUGGGGGAAGAAGAUACGCUUGCAGAAAGAUGUGGAGUUGAGGAAAGAAGGGAGGUGUGGAGCUGGAGGAAGAAGACUACACAUACAAGGAGAAUGAAUCGGGAAUGA